GAAAAGAAGAUUGCCGAGUCUCACGAAGACAAAGAAUCAGGCGACGAAAAUACAGGGCUCAGGGGAGAUCAACCAGCAGCUAAAUGGCUCUUAGUCAACAGUCAACAUGUUACCCAUCGCCUGUUCUAUAGCCACGGAUUUGAUCAUAGGAACUGGCACCAGCUCAUCCCGAGGCAGCCCGGCCAGUCUCUUAAUCGCCUUCAUCGCACCAGUUCUCGCACCUACUUUGUCAUGACCGCCCUCGGCGAGAUGGCCGCCUUUCUGUAA